AUGGCCUCCCCCAGUGUUCUCCUGUCAGAGGUGCAGUUUCAGUGCUGCAUUUGUCAGGAUGUUUUCUCUGAGCCUGUCUCCAUCCCCUGUGGUCACAGCUUCUGCUUCACCUGCAUAACAUCACACUGGGAUGACAACCUUGCCAUUAGCUGUCCCAAAUGUCAGACAGUCUUUGAGGGUCGCCCAGAGCUUUGUGAAAACUCUUUUGCCAAGGAAAUGUCAGAGCAGAUCCGAGCAAGAAGGCAGAACGGCAUGUCAAUGGCAGGAAGAUUUAUAUAUUGUGACGUGUGUGUGGGAAAGCAAACAAAGGCCCUGAAGUCAUGCCUUGUGUGUCUGACCUCAUAUUGUGAGAGUCACCUGGAGCCACACAUGAGAGUUGCCACUUUAAAGAUUCACAAGCUAAUUGAACCAGUGGCAACGCUGGAAAACCGGAUUUGUAAAAGGCACCAAAGGCUCCUGGAGCUGUUCUGCAGGAGCGACCAGAGGUGCGUGUGUGUGUUGUGCACCGAAACCGACCACCGUGGUCACAACAUCGUCCCAGUUGAACGAGAGAGCCAGGAGAAGAAGGCACAGAUGAAAAAGAUCACAUCUGAUGUUCAGCAGAUGAUCCAGGAAAGACUGCAGAAAGUGGAGGAGAUCAAACACUCUGUGGAGCUCAGCAAAGAUAACUCAAAGAGAGACAUAGUGGAAAGCAUGGAGGUUUUCUCUACUUUGGUCCGUUCCAUGGAGAGAAGUCAGGCUGAGCUGGUGGAGAUGAUCCGGAGGAAGCAGGCGGAGGCAGAGCGGAGGGCGGAGAGGCUCAUCACAGAGCUGGAGCUGGAAAUCACCAUGCUGGAGAGGAAGAGAAGUGAGAUGGAGCAGCUUUCUCACACUGAUGACCACCUCCAUCUUCUGCAGAGGUUUCCAGCUCUGAGUUCUCCUCAAUCCACCAAAGCCUGCCCUGACAUCACUGUCCAUUCAGACACAUGUUUGGGGAUUGUGAGGAGAGCGGUGACCAAAAUUGAACAGCAGCUCCAAUCAGCUUUGAAGAAACUUUCCAUUCAAGAGCAUGAGAAGAUGCAGCUGUGUGCAGCUGAUGUUCAUCUGGACCCCAGGACAGCCAACCCUUGGCUGGUUCUGUCACAGGAUGGGAGGCAGGUCUGGGAUGGAGAUGUCGAACAGAACCUGGUGGACAGUCCAGAGCGUUUUGAUACAGCACCAUGUGUCCUUUCCACCAGGGGUUUCACCACAGGGAGGCACUACUGGGAGGUAGACGUUGGAGAUAAAACAGCGUGGGACUUGGGUGUGGCUCAACAGUCUGUCAACAGGAAGGGUUUGGUCACACUGAGUCCAGAGGAUGGUUAUUGGACUAUUUGUUUAAGGAAGGGCAGUGAGUACCGGGCAUGUGCCAGACAAGCACAGCUACUGUGUAUCUCUCAGAGGCUGCAGGUUGUUGGGGUCUUUUUAGAUUACGAGGACGGGAUGGUGUCCUUUUAUGAUGCAGAAGCCAAGUCACACAUUUAUUCCUUUACACACUUCCAGUUUACUGAGGCCAUGCUUCCCUUUUUUAACCCAGAUAUGAGUGACAGUGGCAGCAACAAAUCACCUCUUAUCAUCCGCCCUGUCAGUGCGGUCAGUGGAGGGGGGGACUUAGAUGACAUUACAAUAUGAAGUGAAAUCUAUGUUUAGUGUCACUGUAUUUUAUCAACAUCAUUCAUUUCAAAUGCACUGCAGCACACCAUUUGCUAUCAUAAAUGGGUCAUAAAGAACAAAUUUGUUGAAGUAGAUUUCUUUUGUUAU